AAGGGUUCGAUGAAGCCAUGACUAUCAUUCAACACACCUCUACGUCUCGACUGACAAACCUCCACUACUCUACAAGCUCCAGAAAUGCCUGCCGAAACCGCCAAACCUUUCCAGAUUGGCACGGAGGAAAACCACUGGACCUACAGCUCCUCCUCAAACACCUAUGAUUUAACCCGUGGGUAUCCCUCCUGCCAUCCUUCGAUCACCCUCCGCACAACCUCUCAAAACCUCAGGAUUGCACCUACGCGCACUGCGCUGGUCGUCAUCGACAUGCAAAACUUCUUCAUCUCCGAGAAACUCGAGCGUGGGCGUGGUGGGCUAGAUCUUAUUGAUCCAAUCAAGGCCAGUUGUUCCGCCCUUCGUGAAGCUGGCGGAACGGUCGUGUGGGUCAACUGGGGUAUCCCGGAAAACUUGGACGGAGUCCCCCCAAGUACCCUCCGCAUCUUCUCAACCGGUGCCCAUCUUCCCGAUGCACCCAAAGCUGCUGCAUUCCUCGGUUUCGGCCAAGAGCUCCCGAACGACCUCGGCCCUCUCCUCGUCAAAGACUCUUGGUCCGCCGCACUCCACCCAGACCUCGCCGCCAGUGCUCACCCCUCCGACAUCCACAUUGACAAAUUCCGUAUCUCCGCAUUCCCCGGCACGCGGUUCGAAGAUACUCUUCGCGCGCGUGGGAUAACGACCUUGUUAUUUGCAGGGGUGAAUACGGAUCAGUGCGUUAUGAGUAGUUUUAUGGAUGCGUUGAAUGCAGGUUUCGAUCCAGUUUUAAUUGAUGAUUGUUGUGCGACGACGAGUCCGGAGGGGGCGCAUUCGGCGUGUAUGGUUAAUGCGGAGACGGUGCUUGGGUUUGUUACGAGGAGUGAGUGGAUUGUGGAAGCUGCGAAAGCGAAGGCUUAAUCGUAUGUAAGAUACACAGCUAUAUGUCUUAAUCAUAUCAGGUUGAGACUACCGGACUGUCUGUCUGGCAUUUUGCCUCAGCAAGCUCAAGGAAACGCAUCCGUGGGAAACGCAUGCAUGAUUCGCGAGCAGUUUGGGAGGCAAAGGACAAGAAUGAAUAGAAACCAUUGAUAUAC